GGGAGAAGGCUGCUUCUGCUUCUGCUGCUGUUCUUCGUAUUGGCGUAGAGAUCAGAACGCAGCAUGAAAGAUAUGUUAAUAGUGGAUAGGAGACAGGGUGGGAAAAAGUACUUUGUCUCAGCUCCUUCACCUUCCUCGAGAAAUAGUAACAUCCCUGUUCAAAUAGUUUAGUAGCAUGCCCUUUUGACGGUGCAUUAAAUAUGCCGGAGAACAUAUGUAUAACAGGCUAUAUAUGAGAGAGGCUCUACUCGACAUGACAAUAGCAGAGGAGAUCGCCCUCCCCCGGUCUGCAGCUGGUCGGAUGGCAACGGCAGGGAAUGGGAGGGAGGAAGAAGGGAAGAAGAAGAAGAAGAGAAAGCAGGGGGGCCUUAAGACCAUGCCAUUUGUACUAGCAAAUGAAGCCUGCGACCGAUUCGCCACCACCGGAUUCAAUGCCAACAUGAUCACCUACUUGACGCAGCAGCUGCACAUGCCCCUGGUGCAGGCCUCCAACACCCUCACCAACUUCAGCGGCACCUCUAGCCUCACCCCGCUCGUCGGCGGCCUCAUCGCUGACUCCUUCGCCGGCCGGUUCUGGACCAUCACCAUCGGCUCCGUCAUCUACCAGCUGGGCAUGAUCAGCCUCACCGUGUCGGCAAUCCUCCCAGCAUUCCGCCCGCCGCCCUGCACCGGCCCUGCAGCGUGCGCACGCGCGUCCGCGUGGCAGCUCGUGGCCCUCUACGUGUCCCUCCUCUUCACGUCGAUCGGGACCGGCGGCAUCCGGCCGUGCGUUGUGGCCUUCGGGGCCGACCAGUUCGGCAUCCAACACGGGCGUCAGCCCGACGCGGGGGGGUGGAACUUCUUCAACCUCUACUUCUUCAGCAUGCAGGUGGCGGUGCUGACGGCCUUGACGGCGGUGGUGUACGUCCAGGACAAUGUGGGAUGGGGAUGGGGGCUGGGCAUCCCCACCAUAGCCAUGUGCAUCUCCGUCGUGGCCUUCGUGAUGGGUUACCCGCUCUACAUCAAGAUGAAGCCCGGGGGGAGCCCUUUGACCAGGUUGACCCAGGUCGUGGUUGCCGCCUUCCGGAAGCGGAAUGCAGUCAAACCAGCCGAUCCGCGUCUCUUGUACGACGACGAGGAGCUCGACGCCGCCAUCUCCACCAACGGAAGACUGCUCCACACCCAUCAGCUAGGGUUCUUGGAUCGAGCCGCGAUCGUGACCGAGGGCGACAUGGUGGACUCCGGCAGGCCGAGGCUGUGGACGCUCUCGACGGUCCACCGGGUGGAGGAGCUGAAGUCGAUCAUCCGGAUGAUACCCAUCUGGGCCGCCGGGAUCCUGACCAUCACCGCAUCCUCCCACAACCACAGCUUCGCGAUCCAGCAGGCGAGGACGAUGGACCGCCACCUCGCGCCGCGGUUCCAGAUCCCCGCGGCCACCCUGUCCAUCUUCUCCACGCUCACAAUGCUCCUCAGCCUCGCCUUGUACGACCGCGUCUUCGUCCCCGUCGCCCGUCGGUUCACGCGGCGGCCGUCGGGCAUCACGUACCUCCAGCGCAUCGGCAUCGGCAUGGCCGUCGGACUAUUGGCCAACGUGGCCGCCGCGCUCGUGGAGGCGAAGCGGAAGGGGGCGGCCGCCGACCACGGGCUGGUGGAUCAGCCGAAAGCGGUGGUGCCCAUCAGCGUUUUCUGGCUGGUGCCGCAGUACGCCAUCCACGGGCUAGCCGAGGCAUUCACGUCGGUGGGUAACAUGGAGUUCCUCUACGACCAGGCGCCGGAGAGCAUGAGAAGCACGGCGGCGGCGCUGUUCUGGCUCGCCAUGUCGAUCGGGAACUACACGGGCACCUUCUUAGUGACCGUGGUGCACCACUGCACCAGCAAGGGAGGCGACUGGCUGCAAGACAACAUCAACAGGGGGAAGUUAGAUUACUACUACUGGCUGGUGACGGGGUUACAGGUGCUCAACUUGGGUUACUACAUCACCUGUGCAAUGUUGUACACUUACAAGCCACUGGAAACUAUGGCCGAAGAAUCUGGCGGCGAUGAUGGUGCAGAGCUCACUGCCGUCAAACAUGGAGAAGAAGAUUAA